ACACACACACACACACACACACACACCGGAAAAAGCAGAAACCGGAAGCUGCUAGCGGAGCUAGCUUGUUGUUGUUCUCGUGUGUGAGGAGAAAAUUUGGAGCUCUGCAGUAAAAAUGUCUUCACUUCAGUCUCUGGGAGAGUUGAUCAGCUAGAGCGACUAACUGCUGCUGCAGCAGAAAUCUUCUCACCAGGCUCUGGAAACUUUCUUCUCCUCCUCAACAACUUGCUGUUAGCUAAACACGGCUAAAGAAAACCUGCUACCACUUCAGGAUCAUCCAUCAGCUGGGACUGCUUCAUCGUGUGUUCUUCACCACCUGGACCUGGACAGCAUGGACACAGGGUCCCAAAAGUCCCAAAGUCAUCGUCACACACUGGUGAAGUUAUGUCCUGCAUUUGACCCAUCCCCAUGGGGAGCGGUGAGAUUAAGCUGUGGUAACUAUUUGGUCUUCUGUCGGGUUUCAGUCACUACGAGAAUCAGAGACAGGAGAGGUUUUCAUCUGGUUCACAACCUACCUUUGUUGUAGCGUCAGUCACACACCAUCAUUUGACCAAUCACAGUUGGGGAGACAGCAUGCUGCAGACACGACGGCAGCGGCGCUGACAGCACGUAUGGCUGCUGUUGCUUCAGCAUGUCGCUGUGGUUUAGAGCUUAAAGGCCCAUUGUGUAAAAACAUUCGACUGUUUAGCGCCAAGCAGUUCAGAGUAAGUAUUGCAGCUCCUGUAGCCCACACUAUGGUUGGGCUGUUUUUCCAUUCGCCCAUCAUUAGUCCAGUAAAUGACGAUGGGCCGUGGUUUGUGCAUUUGACUGAUUAAGGUAUGAUUCACUGACUGAUUUGCGAACACAGAAGUCUAAACAUGGAUAUUGUUUUAUGGAUGUGCAACACAAAUUAGAUUUUUCUUUUUGUUUAACUCACUCAUUGCCAGCUGUUUCCUGAUCAGAAAAGCCCUUCGCUGCCAGCGUUUGUCAGCUUUUUUACUGUUUUUUCCGAGCGGAGUCACGUUCACGUUUGAAAGCAGCGCUGAAUCCAGAAACAUCAGCACAAAGUGCGUUCGUUGCUCUGAGCCAGCAUGACGAACAAGGGAACAGCACUGCAAACUCUGUUCGGGUGUUGCUUUCCAAAAGGGUCUAUGUAGGGGGCGGGCGUAUUACGUGAACGGAACCAUCUGAUUGGCCGCAUAUCAGAAGGACUACAUUUGAUUGGUCAAAUAAUACUUCCGCGUAAAAAACAGAGCUGGUUUACAAAAAGCUGAUGUGUGACACGGAUGGAAAUGUUUGAACCAAACAUUUAUCGCCGUUUUUGACGUGCUUUGCGAUGGGCCUAUCGCACGUCCUGUUAUCGCGAUGACGAUAAUUUUUCGAUAUAUCGUGCAGCCCUAUCAACAAUGCAAUUUAUCGGUUUUCUUAAAGUAGGAACAUUUAACCUGUGGCCAGAGCUCUCUCCUUCCUUCUGCUCUGCGUAAACCUGAACUGGUCACCUACUUGUGCGUAAUCAAAUGUCUAUAGGGAAAAAGAUGGAAAAGCUAUAGCCAUGAGGUUCACUUUUGCCUCAGACUGACUUAUUGCUGUUUUAUGGUGUGACUGAAUCUGCGAUCCGCUGUCACGCGGACUGGAAUAACAAAUGCUGCAGUAACAUGAGUUGUGGUCAGGUUCAUGAGGAGUCACUGGCUCGAUUUUAAUACGUCAUCCCAAAAUAGAAGCUAAUAUCUUAAUUUGACCUUGAAUGAAAAAUGUUGUUGUAAAACCUCUCAAGUUUUUUUAUCAUGGAGGAGGCAGCGCUCAUUUCUGCCUUCAGUCUGACGGCGCGGCACAGCGCAACGCCACGCAGCGUGUGCUUAUUGAAUCUGUGUGUGUGUGUGUGCGCGCGGCACGGCUCCAUGAGCCGCUCCAGUCACCGCGUCUCGUUAUUGGCGCUAUUCAAACCAAUGUUGUAAAAUUACUUCUGCCCAGCCCAGAUGUGCUCACAUGUACACCCGUGAGCCGUGGUUCAGCUGGAACGCGUCUGACCUCUGACAGACGCACUCUGAACUUCAGAUCUUCAGCGCGCUGUUAAUAGCCUGACACGUUUAGAAUGCUGUCCCACAGUCAGUGUGCUAAUAUAAUAAUAUAAUAAUGCUAAAAUGCUCAGAUGAGAAUCAUUUCUUAAUUUAUUUUGUUACAUCCACAAUGUUCUGUGUGUGAGGUUUACAAUGUCAGAACACCUGCAUGAGACAGGGUGUUAAUUACAAUCUGCCAGAAUGACUCACCACCUUCAGAUUUCUCCAACACCAAUAAAAAUGAUCAAAUACGGAACAUAUCUUGCUAUUAACAGCAUGCGCAGGCCAGAGUGCUGAAGCUCGGAGCGCAUUAUUAUUAUGAAGCUAGGGCACAUGCGGAGGACAUACACACACACACAAGCAAAAUAUACUUGUUUUCAAUUGCAUUUAUUGGGCCCACUUACUUUUUCUUAGUUCCACCCUCGCGCACCCCCAGGGGCACCACACUUAGGGAAUCCCUGCUCUAGGAUGAUGUCAACGCCAAAACUUCCAAAACAUCGUGAAGACUCACCUCUUACAGGAAGAAUUGGCGCGCUGUGAGCGUUAUCCGUUCUUUCAUAAGCCGUUGUUGAAUUGUGGUCAGCAGCAGAAGCUUUUCUGUUCUCGCCUCACAUUUUUUACAGCAGCGUCCCAAAACGAUCUCCUAACACAUGGACUUUCUGCUUGCUGAUCACGUGACGUGUGACAUACACGGAUGAAGAUCGGCUUUAGAGCUGGGAUGUUUGUUCUCACGGUGCAGGGGCUCGUUCUGACGCCCGCACAGUAAAGACAUGCCAAUGACAGUUAAAGAGUGUUUGAAGUGUUGAAAAGAAGUAGGGCUGAAACAAAUCAUCAAAUGGUUCGAUGCAUUAAGUUCCUCGAUUCAUUUUUUUACUGAUUCGAAGCUUCGUUAAACGUGCACUCCACAGUCUGAACACAUUUUACUGGAGCAAUACGUGGUGAUCUCGGUGCAGUGGUGGAAAAAAGAGAAACCAGCAACGACGGAAACCAUUGUUAGAGGCAGAAACGGUCCAACGUUUGGAUCAAGAGUUAAACUACGAGCAAACUACUGAAUUGGCUGACUGAGUGGAGGUGGUUCAUAGAUGUCGCAACCAUUAUGUCAGAAGGGAAUGCCCCCUCCACUUUUUAAAAAAAAAGAUGCAUUUGGACCCCCCCUCCUGCCACACACACACCUUUUGCUUUCAAUUGUUUCAAAGAAAUCCAUUCCACUUGAUUCAUUAGAAAAGAUUCCGUGUGCUGAAGUCCGUUCCACGUUUUCCUGGUUACUCUGCUGCACGCAUGGUGGACGUGACUGACAUGGUUGUCAACAUAGUUAGAAAAUAAAAGACCAAAUGAACCAAAGUGAAACUACAGGCUUGUGGAAGCUGGAGGAGGAGUCAGUGCCAUACUAUCCCAUAAUAAGCAGUGUCCUUGUCUGAUCCCUCCACAGACAUGGGGACAUGAGGACAUUUCUCACAAAGAAGCAUAAAAUAAGUAAAACUGUCCAGAAUGAAUGCUGACAGACAGUGGCAGAUUGAGCAAUCUGGGGGCCCAAGGCGAACACAGACAUGGGGCCCCUUACACUAAAUUUUCGACAAUCUUAUCUUUAACUGGAUUUGUGAAACUCUCCCCUCUUCUGACACGAGUUAUUUUCACUUUUUAUUAGUCCUCCUCGUUUUCCUCUCUUUCUCUCCUUUUGAGCACCUUCAAUAAUUGCUCUGCUUUCUUGUUCCUGUCAGUGCUCCUGUGCUUUUGCCUUUCUUUUUUUUUCUUCUAUUUUCCAUUUUGGUCUCUGUUUUCCUCCCUUUAAACAUUUUCCAUUGUCUUUCCUUUUCUGCUUCCUUUUUAUGUUUACAUAGCCAUGUCCUACCUUCAACAACCUGUUUGCUCUCUGAACUUGCUUACAUUGGUUGCCACGCCCAUGAGCCACGGGUGAGCACAGGUGAACGCCAAGCUCUGACAAAUUUAUCGAUAUUGUGGUGCUGAACUGAGAUAAAUGGUGACAGUUGGCAGUACUAUGCCCCCAAGAAGGUGAAACAACAAUCCAAACAAAACAAAAACAACAACGACGAGCCUCAGUACGUAGGACAGGGAGAAAUGGCAGGUGCGCAUGGUGACAGGAAAGAAAUAUCUGAGUUGAUACGCUCUGUCAUAAAGGAAGAGAUCAGCAUUGUGGUUAAUAACCUGAACGUGAUUAUGGAUGAUAUUUCUACUUGUGUGAGAAGACUGGGUGAUGUGGAGGAGAUUUUACCUAAACUGGACAGUCGGAUGUCAAAGUUGGAGUUGGAGAAUGCAACGCUGAACAAAUCCAACGCCGAGCUGAGAGAGAGGACGGAGCGGCUUGAAAUGCAGAGCCGCAAAUACAACCUUCGUGUGUUCGGAUUAUCUGGUGACAUUGGAAAAAUUAACCUGACUACUUAUAUGGACACGCUGUUUAAAGAAUUGUUCAGAGGAAAACUUAUGCGGGAGCCAGAAGUAGAAAUGGCGCACUGGAUUGGACUUAGGAGGGACGCAGUAGGAAAAGCGAUGAUGGUGCGGCUGCGGAGGCUUACAACAAAGGAGGAGAUUAUAAAGAGCGUGCCAGAGAAGAAAUUCUUCUGGGAAAUAAGGAGUAAGCUGAAGAAGGCUCAGGUGAGACAGGUGGCCUGAUUCAUCCUGCUACCCUGGUUCUGACUUUCAAAGAUGAGAUAAAAAGGUUCAAUGAACCGAGUGAGACUGAAGCUUACUACAAGACUGAUUGAACCAGGGAAGAAGGAUGGAGAAUAAUAUGGACUAAUUAAAAGACAGUUUAACGAGUGUGAAGAUUGACUGUGAGAUUACUGCUUAGGUUAUGUGAGGAUAAUGUUUAAUUUUUAUAUAAAUAUUAAAUAACACCGCAAGAUGGAAAUGAUAGCCCACAUAAUAAGAGUUAUAUAAUUUGGUUAUUUAUGUGUAUAGAGUUGGCGUAUAAAAUUUUUUAAUUUCAUUACAGUAUUUGAGUUUGAGAUGAAUGACAGUAUGAAUGUGUUUGGUAAAAUGAUAAAAAUGUUACAGGAAGCUCAGUAUGAUUUUUGCAGGCAGGAAUUUAUUCUAGAUUUUGAAUGACAGAUCAUGUUUGGUUGUCGGAAAAGGGGUUUAAAAUAGCUCAUUUGAAUGUGUGCAGUUUGAGCAAUAAGGUGGCGGAUAUUCAAGAAAUUUUACAAAGUUAUAAUUUACAUUUGUUAGCAAUAUCAGAAACACAUUUAGAUGAAACAAGUAAUAAUGAAGUAGUAGAUAUUAGGGGCUAUAAUAUUUAUAGACUAGAUAGGAAUUUGUAUGGUGGAGGUGUGGCCUGUUAUGUUCAAAAUCAUAUUCCAGUUAGAGUAAGACUAGAUUUCAUGGUAACUGAAGUUGAGACACUAUGGUUAGAAUUGCAGAUUCCUCAUUUAAAAGCUGUCAUUAUUGGAUGUUGUUACAGACCACUGAAUGUUCCUAUAUAGCACUUGGAUCAGAUAGGAGGUAUGUUGGAAAAGGCACGUGAUCUGAGAGAAGAAUUUUUUUUCUUAGGUGACUUAAAUAUACACUGGAAAUCAGAAAAUUGUCCAUUGGUGAAUAAAUUGUUUUCAUUUACCAACAUUUUGUAAUUUAUUACAGCUCAUGCAGGCUGAUACUAGAAUUCAGAUAAAAAGUGAUGGCAAAUUUUCUGCAACUUUGAUUGACUUAAUUUUUACCAAUAUGGCAAAUUUAUGUUCUAAAGCCAUUUCGAUUCCAGUGGGCUGUAGCGACCAUAACUUAGGACAAUAAUUUGUCCUAGCAUUGUUACUCUGGAACCAGUUGCCACCCUCAGUUAGGCUGUCCCCAUCUCUGCCAGUCUUUAAGAGUCACCUAAAAACACACCUCCUCCGCUUGGCGUUUCCAAAACAUGUUUGAUUUUGGCCCUCUUUUAUGUUGAAUUUAUUUCACAGUUUUCAUUGGUUCACUCAAUCCAUCCACUCAAUCCAAUUGUGUUUCACACAUUUGUCCUGUACCAGAAUGCUUCAUCUAUCUUGUAAUUUGUAUUUUGUAAUUUGAAUUGCUUUUAUUGUUGAUUUAUUCAAUAUAUUUACCUACAACUGUACCAUGUUCAGCGCUUUGGGCUUCCUGACAGGGUUGCGGAAGGCGCUUUAUAAAUAAAGCUUUGAUUGAUUGAUUUGAUUGAUAAUUUAAUUGCGGUAACAAGGAAAACAAAGAUGCCUAAGAAAGGGCAGUUAUUUGUGUGCAGACGGACAUGUUCCUAUAAGGAAACGAGCUGUGAGAUGGGUAUCUGCUCCAUGGUUGGAUGAAGAUUUAAAAGAAUAUAUGAGGCAGAGGGAUAAACUUAAAAAUGAAGCAGUAAAAACUAUUAGUCCAGAUAAAUGGAAAGAGUAUCGUAGAUUACGAAACUUUGUAACUAAAUUAAAUAAUCAUGAAAAACGGUUGUAUUAUCAAAAAAGACUAACUGAUGCAAAAUCGGAUAGUGCAAAAUUAUGGGGUACAUUGAAUGAAAUUAUGGGUAGGCAUAAUAGGUCAGCUCCAACUUUUUUGUAUGUUGGGGGAACUUAUCUCACUAAACCAACAGAAAUUGCUAAUUAUUUAAACCAGUUUUUAACUAAGAAAAUUAAGUUGUUGCGAGAUUCUAUGGAAAAUAAUCAAAGCAAAGAUAUUUCCUAUCAACCAAUUAAACAAAAAAUAAUGUUAAAUAAAAACUGUCAAUUUCAAUUUGUUAAAGCGACUGAAGGCAAGGUUAAGGAGAUAAUAUUAAAAAGUAAAAAUAAACCAUCUGGCAUAGAUAAUAUUGAUAUCAAAUUGUUAAAGUUAGUAGUAGAUUUUAUUUCAUGUCCUAUUGUUCAUAUAAUAAAUGGAAGUUUUAAAGAAUGUGUUUUCCCAUCUCAAUGGAAAACAGCAAAAAUAAUACCUUUAAUUAAGAACAAUAGAGAACCACUGUCUGGUCAAGACAGUUGACCAAUAAGUUUGUUACUAGCUUUAAGUAAAAUCAUUGAAAAAAUUGCAUAUGACCAAAUUCAAGAUUAUUUUGAGGUAUAUGAAUUGAACACAAUAUAUCAGCAUGCUUUCAAAACAAAUCAUUCAACCACAACUGCACUUAUUCAAAUAACUGAUUAUUGCUUGGAGAAUAUCGAUAAUAAUAAGCUAAUUGGUUCUAUGUUUCUUGAUUUAAGUGCGGCUUUUGAUGUUUUAGAUCAUGAUAUUUUAUUACAAAAACAAACACUAUGGAUUUCGUACAUCUGCUCUCAACUGGACUAAAAGUUAUCUUACUAAUAGAGAUUAUAAAUUUUAUUUCAAUGGCAGUUUUUCUGAAAAAGGUCAGAUGGAAUGUGGUGUUCCACAGGGAAGUUGUUUGAGACCUCUUUUGUUUUCUAAUUUUUUGAAUGAUUUUCCGUGCGUGCUGCAACAUGCAACUACAGCAGUAUAUGCAGAUGACAUUACUUCAGCACAUACGGAGAGUGAAAUAUUAAAGAGUUAAGAACAGUCGAGCAGUGGAUAACUGCUUACAAACUAGUGAUUAAUGCAGGAAAAACUAAAUGCAUGGUAGUUGGCUCCAAACAUUUACAGACGAUGCCAAAGUUACAUUUAACUCUGAGGAACAACGUAAUGGAACAACUAGAAGAAGUAAAAUUACUGGGAGUAAUAUUUGAUUUUAAGUUAUCAUGGACAAGCCAGAUUUAUUAUGUUUUACAGAAAAUGGGGAGAGGUAUGGGAAUAAUUAAAUUUUGUUGCAAAUAUAUACCACAAUACUUACUUAAAAGCCUUGUUCAAUCGUUAGUGCUAUCGUGUGUGGAUCAAGCAUCUAUUAUUUGGUCCAGCACAAGUGAAAAUAAUUUGCAUAAGCUACAAGUAGCACAAAAUAAAGCUGCUCGUAUUGUUUUAGGCUGCCCUUACAGAACGAAUGUGGUAACUAUGCAUGAAACACUUGCUUGGCUCAAUGUGAAGAGUAGAUUGAAGUAUUUCUUGAUAACAAUUGUGCUGAAAAUUUUAAUUACAAAAACACCAAAAAUUAUACAUAGCAAAUUAUUGUUUUUCUCAGAUAAUCAUACUUCUAAUACACAACAGAUAAAUGAGAUGAAAGGUGUUUUACCACGCAGUAGAACAAAUCAAAUUCAACGAUCAUUUCACUAUAAAGCUAUGAUUGCAUGGAAUGCAUUACCUAGAUUUUUAAUAUUUGAAAGUAAUAACAUUUCUUUUUGGAAGAAACUGAAUUUUUUUUUUUUUGUUAACACUUAAUUGUAUAGUGACUAUGAACUCUGUAAAGAAGGAUUGGGUAUCUGGGUUUGAGGUUGAAUACUGGAUGUCGAUAGCCUGGCAAGCCAGACUAAAUAAAUGUAUUAUUUAGUCUGGCCAUGCUCCAUUGACGGCUCUCGGUUGUGGGGCGGGUUCUACUGUUGUCUUUCAAAUGAUCUCCGCAUUCCACUGGACAAUGAAUGUGACAUACUCUUGUUUCACUCUGUUGCAUCAUCCCACCCACCAGGCAUAUAGAGUGCCCUGAUUGGCCCACAAAGCAGAUAAAACUCUGUGAUUUGUUCACUAAGAGAUAGAGCACUAUGAUUGGCCCACCAUUAUGGACCAAUCACAGCUCUGUAUGUGUUUGAAACCCCCCUAGAGAGCUGUGAUUGGCUAGCCAGAGUCCUGGCAGGAGCUGUGGAGGUUCCAAUGGAGCAUGCCUAGACCAAACUUUGCAAAGCAAGAAUUUGGUCUAGUUCACUAGGCUAGGAUGUCGAUGGACUAUGAUACGAAACUAUGGACAUGAGAUCACCAUUCUGUUGUAUUAUUCAUUCCCCAAUAAUACCGUCACUCCAGUGAUGGGUAGAGAAGGGCAGACAGCCAAAUCAAAGACACCCUGGACUAAGUCACACUUUAACCAAACCCGGUGUAGAGGUCUCGAAACUGGCUCGGAGUUAAUUCCAGAAAGCAGAACCGACAACCCAGUAGAACUAUUUUCAUCAAAGGGUAACGUUCCCUGUAAUAUUAAAGACUGAGAAGCUCCGGUGUCACAGAGUAUUUUCACAGGCACCUGCGUACCAUUUUCAUUAUCAGCCACAAAUCCUUGAACAUGAACUCUCAGCUUCGGUUUUUAUUUUCAUCACCGACUGAAAAGGCUGAGUCAGCAAACCGACCUCCCGAGGGGGGGAUUGUUUGUGUUCGUUACAGCGUUUUAAAACCAAUCAGUCUUUACCUAUGUGGCCAGGGUGGUGGCAGUAAAAACCCUGGAGGUUUAUUCGCUCCAGGUGGCCUCAUGGGAGCGGGACGCUUAAGCCUGAUUUAUGCUUCUCCGUCUGCGUCAGUGCGGAGGCACGCAACGCCAUUAUCCGUCCUUGCGUAGGGCUCCGGCAGGCAUGCAAGUACGUACGGAGUCAAGCCCACUAUUUUAAACAUCCGUCGAACGAGACGGAUUACGCAAGCUUGUGAUUGGUCAGGACGCCGCUGUUGUUUACAGCGCCGCCAUUGCAAAGAGAGCCGAGGAUAACUAGCAGCAGACACGGAGAAGCUUGAAGAAUACCUCACGAAAAAACUCUAAAAAUAUGAAUGUUUCAUCCUCCCGUGACUGGAGGAGUGAAAAGAUGCGCAGCAAGCGUUUUAUUUGUGGACGGAAAUGACAGGAAACGUGGGUUUCGAGGUGGGGAGCGCAUGAAGCGGUGGGAGAAUGAGAGACAAAUAUGUCCGUGUUAAAAGUCUCUUAUAUACACAAAAAACACAAUAUAAACACAUGAUCUUGGACCGAUACAUGACAGGAUACCACAGAACAGUGCUACGCCCUCUGUGGUCCUGCCGGGCAAUUGCUUUGCAACAUUCUCCAGGAGACGGAGAAGUAAAAGAGCAAAACGCCUCCGUCAAUCCGUGCGUGUCUGUCCCUUGCGGCGAUGAGUUAGGGAAAAUGCAUCAGCUAACAAAGCCGCAUCAGCCAGAUGAGUUGCUUUUUGUUCAAUUAAAUAUAAAACCAAACGUUCAGGCAAGCACCGUUUCAUUUCCUCCAUUAAUAUUAACUCCUUGAUCUUCUCAGCUGUGGCAGCUUUGGAGGCAGACAACCAUUUUUCAAACAAACACACUUUUUCUCGAGCAAAUUCUACAUAAGUUUGUCCAGGAGCUUUAUACUUGAGUGCCCGGAAUUUCUGCCUAUAUGCUUCAGGAAUCAGUUCAUAAGAGUUCAAAACUGCAGACUUCACCUUCUCAUAAUCCAUACCAUCUUUAAUAGAUAAAGAAGCCAUUACCUCUAGUGCUUUUCCUGACAGCUUGCACUGGAGAAUCAGUGACCACACCUCUCAGGGCCAAUCGAGGGCAGCCGCAAGUCGCUCGAAAGCGGCGAAGUAGCUGUCCACCUCCGUCUCCCGAAAGGUCGGCACCAAAGCAAUGCAUUUGCUCACAUCAAAUUUCCUUCUGUCAGUGGCGUCAGGGUUUCUCUCAUCAGCAGGAGGUUCCACAUUUCUUCCUUCAGCAGUAGGCUUUGGAUCAGUCUUUGUCAGCCAAUCUCGCUUCCGCUCCACUGGUGGAGGCGUUUUCACGAAGCAUCUGGAUUUCGUGAUCAAGUUCCAUCUUUCGUGAUAGCAGCUUUGUCUCAGCUUCGAGCUCAAGACGUUUUAGUUCCAGAGCAGCAUCUUGAUGACGAGCCUUUUCCUGGGCUUCAUACUUUAUCCGGGCCAACCGCACUUGUAGGAGUGCAGCCUCAAGGGAACUCAGAGCAGACAUAGAAGAAGGAGGUUCAUAUCGAGGCAGGGUGACAGGCAGAGGAGUAAUCUUAUGCUCCUCCGGUGUAGUUGUCAUCUCACUGGGGGAAUCCCUUGGGGAAGCCCCAGGUGGUUUGGCUUGUUCGGGCUCCUCCGUACAUUCUUCCACCUGUAGCAAGUUAGUCUCACCAACAGCAGGUGGAGACAGCAAACCACAUCUCUCCAUUUCCUGAAUCACAGCCUCUCUAAAACCCUGCUUAAGCAUUGCUCGGGCACCACAGAGGCCGAAGUGGGCAGCCAGCUCCUCCAGAACGUUUUUCCGACAUCCCUCAAUCGCCUCCCGCGAGGGAGCCUCCAAUAUCUCCGUCAAACUAGUCAUGAUCACACAAGAGGAAAGAACACCAUGUUACUUCAAUAUCACAACCACUUGCUAUUAUUCUUUACACCGUCAAAACACGAUUUCUAAACUCCACACAAACGUAGGCUAUUAUUAUAAAAAGUCUCGGGUGAAAUUAAAUAGUAUUUAAUGCACAAAUCCCGGAUGAGCCCUCAUUAUGUUACACCCCUCCAGGCCUAGGAAUUACCAGGAGGGGCAACACAAGUGUGGUGGGAGCAAACACGAGGACAAAUAAAAGUUCAAAAGGAGUUUAUUAACUAAAAGUGUCCCGGGCAGGUAUAAAUAAGGUAGAUGAAAAUAAAAAUGCCAGAGGUCUGAUUAAAUCUAUUAUACUAAAUAUAAGUCUAAAGAUCUGGGCAAGGCCCCACACUCGUACGAUACCCUGCCCGGGGUAAGUUUCCUCCUUCUGGUCCUGUGUUACUCCAACUGUGAGAGACGUCCAUGCUCUCCCUUUUCUCUCUCUCUUUCUGGAAGCCGGUGGUUCUCCUCCAGGAAAAGAUCUCUGUGUCGGUAUAAAUAUGGAAGUCUCUAGUUCUCUCGGUUUCCCUCUGGUUGUGUCAAAAUGCGGUCUCAGUUCUCUUUCUUAACAUUCGUUUCGAUGUCUCACUAUGGGAUACGCCACUCCGCGGAUUCCUCAGAAGCACUUAUCUCAAUACGCCAAUCCUGAUUGGCCAGUGACCGUGACGUACGCGUCACCUGCUACUAUAAGUAGCAAGCGUCCCAACGCACGCACCAUUCAAUCACCUCUUCUCGCUUCGGUGGUCGCUUAUCUCUAAGGUAAGUUAACUCAACUGUUCACAGACGGAGCCAGCUAAUAUUCUCUCCGUCGCCGAACGUUAACUUACCGUCCUGUCCUGACCUUCACCAUAGGUUCGGGGCAUAACGAGCAGCCUCACACUCCAGUGCAUCUGUUUGUUCUCUUGCUAACACACCAGUUAGCCAGCAUGGAAGCCGCUCCUCCCACCAGAGGAGUCGACGGCGCAGGAGCUCGCCUCUGUACCUGUGGGAACAAAAUCUCAAGCAAAGACCCGCACAAGGUCUGCUCGAGCUGCCUCGGGCUGGAACAUGCCCAGCUGGCAUUGGAAGUCCCCGGGUCAUGUGAGAGCUGCGCUUGCUUCACCCUGAAGAGCCUUCGCCGGCGGCUAGCGCGCCAAGCUAGCCUGUCGGGGAAGGACCCUUGCCUGCCGGCCCCUGGGCCACCGCCUGGGGACGCCAGCGAACAUGUCCUCCCGGAGCCGGAACCGUGUGCCGAACUCAGCUGGGGCUCACAGCUCGAACCGGCCGGUCCGAGCCACCCCGUCGAGGACGUGUUGGAGUUGGACUACGGAGACGACGAGGACACCUCGGAACUCCUCAUUUCAGAGGAGGACGAGGAUGACGACGUUUUUCUCCCCAUCGCUCAUGCCUCCAUGCCUAGCUUUCCGUCCUCUCCCAGGGAUGGAGCGGCUUCUCCGGCCGCCCACCUGGACAUGCAGUCAAUCUGCCGACGCGCUGCGACCAGGCUCAACAUCCCUUGGCCCACCGUGGUCACUGAGGCUGUCAGAUCCCGCUACGAGGGAAAGAAGCUGCCUCAGGCCACAAGGGCGGCAAAGCCUCUCCUUCCCGCCUUCCUGGAGCUUCUCCAAGAAGUGAGGUCCUCCUGGGACAAACACCCUUUCAGCUCCAGGUAUCCUGUCCAAGGAGCCUCCUCGCUGGACUUCGAGGGGAUGGAGAAGGCUGGCAUGCUUCGCAUGCCGCCGAUGGAACCGCUGGUUGCAGCCCACCUGCACCCACGGCUCUCGGCAACUUCCUCCAGGCCUCCCGCUCUCCUUGCGAAGGCGGACCGCUUCCAGUCGGCGCUGAACGAGAGGGCGUACAAGGCUGCCGCCAUCUCGGUCCGAGCUUUGAACGUCUCCUCCAUGCGCUCGGCGUACCAAGCCGAGCUCUGUGAGGACAUGAAUACGAAGCCGGACCCGGAGGUGUGGGAGGAAAUCACCGUACUGACCGACAUCUGCCUGCGUGUGCAGCGCUGCGCGGUCCAGGCUACGGCUAAAGCUAUGGGCAUGAUGGUGCUUCAAGAACGUGCACGAUGGCUGAACCUCACCAACCUCUCUGAUAGAGAGAAGGAGGACAUUUUGGACAUACCAAUCGUGCCUGAAGGCAUUUUUGGCUCUGUCCUGGCAUCAAUGCAGCAACGGUGUGAGGCCAAAAAGAAAGAGGAUGAAGCCCUUCAUCUCUGCCUUCCCCGUAAGCCCUCACCGGCGCUGCCGGCUCGGCCGAACCUUCCUCAGGCAGCUGCCAGAGCCCAGCCUCAGUUCCGGAUCCCAUAGCGCCCGAAGCCUCAAGCUGUCCAACCAGCUCCUUCGGGCUCAGCGCUUCGACCAGUUUGGCCUCAGAGAUCCGGCAACCAAGCCGCUCCGCCGUCGGGACAACCCACCCGACCCGGCGGUCAGCAGGUGAGGAAGAAGAAGAGGGCAGCCUGACGGAGUUCUUUCCCUCCCGACGCUGCAGCUGGCAGUUCCCCGUUCGCCAGCUCCUCCUGUUCGAUGUUGCCAUGGUGCCUUCUCCCCCCCUCACGGAACCCCUCCGGCAGAGUCCCCGAGCGGUCCAGGGUGGGGCCA